CAAGAGUCUCCGCGAGCGCUGCUGUCAGUCACUCGUCGUGAUGGCUGCCGUGUGGCGAGCUCGCGUAUUUGCCCGUUCUGUCGUCCGCUUUUCUGAUCGUGAUCUGUAAAACAUUCGUUGAAAGCACGUCUCUAAACGCGACAUUAAAAGAGCUCGCAAAAUAAGCUGUUAUGGCUGAAAGCAACCAAAAUACUGAUGGCACUGUUGAAGAAGGGGAAGAUGAAAAUACAGAGGAUUCUAAUAUUCAAAUGGAGCUCAGUGCUUUUCGGGCCAAGUGGAUGUCUGAGCUUCAGCCCAGCUCAGGUGGAAAGAGAAGUCUCCUAAAAACUGCUGAACUGAGGAGGAAACAGGAGAUAGCUAAAGAGGAAAAGGCCCGGGAGCUGUUCCUGAAGGCAGUCGAGGAAGAACAGAAUGGAGCUGUUUAUGAAGCCAUCAAGUACUAUAAGAGUGCGAUGCAGCUGGUCCCAGACAUUGAGUUUAGGAUCAACUACAGCAGAACUCCUGAUCCGGAACGGGGUGGGAGCUACUUGGAGGACAAUGAGAAGGAUCAGGAGAUAGACGAUCUACUGACGUACUUCCAACAGCAUCUGAUGCUGGAGGACGACACCAUGAAGCUGUGUGAGCCUGAGACAGACACAUCACAGGUGCACAUCUCAGCUCUGCCCCUUGAGGUGCUCAUGUAUAUCUUCCGCUGGGUGGUGUCAUGUGACCUGGACCUCCGAGCCUUAGAGCAGCUCUCCCUGGUUUGCAGGGGUUUCUACAUCUGUGCAAGGGACCCUGAGAUUUGGCGGUCUGCCUGUUUGAGAGUCUGGGGGCGGAGCUGCACCAAAAUGCUGCCAUUUUCAUCCUGGAGAGAGAUGUUUUUGGAGAGGCCACGUGUGCGCUUUGAUGGCGUUUACAUCAGUAAAACAUCAUACAGCCGUCAGGGGGAGGAGUCUCUUGAUGGCUUCUACAGGGCUUGGCACCAGGUGGAGUUCUACAGGUACCUGCGCUUCUUCCCUGAUGGUCAGGCCAUGAUGUUGACCACCCCUGAGGACCCUUUGGUCAUUGUCCCAAAGCUGCGCAACAGGAACUCCAGGAUGGAUUCCAUCAUGUUUGGCCAUUAUCGGCUGUCCCAGGACACAGACAAUAAAACCAAAAUUUAUGUCGUCGUCUCCAAGAGAAAAGAAGAGCAGAAGGUGUCAGAGUACCAGAGGAGCCGGUUCUGCAGGCGGAACACCGUCCCUGAAGCCGAGCGCUCCUUCCAUGUAGGACUGCAGUUGUCCCCUAGGGGGCGGCAGAGCUUCAGCAAGCUGGUGUGGAUCCACCAUUCCUGCCACAUCACCUACAGAUCAACUGGAGAGACAGUCGUCACUGCAUUCGAUGUAGACAAAAUGUACACGCCUCUGUUUUUUGCACGAGUGAAGAGCUACACAGCCUUCUCAGAGCGUCCGCUGUAGGACGACCCAAGCGAUGCAUGCAGAAAUCCGACCCUCGACCCUCCAGCCGCUCUCCUACUGCUUCCAGCACAGGCUCUUUCUUAUGAAUGUACAAGAAUGGUGUGACAUUUUUAGAGUCCCUCAGUCUUAACUGCAGCUCAAAGCAUUACGUUCUGUUUUCAUUAGUGUAAGAUCUGUCACUCUCUUAUUGCAAAGAUAAAGAUACAAUAUAUAUAUAAGAUUGUCUGUAAGAAGUUUCAGUUCAACUGUGAUGAAUGUUCACUUUGUUUGUGUGAAUCUCAGUGAGGAAACAUGUCUACUGACAACUGGAACACCCAAAUAAAUGAGCUAUAUUGUG